AUGCUAUCAAAGCAAACCAAAGUACCAAAAUACACAGAUAUUCCAUCCAUCCCAGAAAUCCAAUCACAAAAAAGACCCAGACCCAUGGAAUCAAAGGUUGUAUGGCUCGGAAGAAAUUUGUGGCCGCAAGCCCAGAAGACGAAAGGUGUGAGGAGGGGCACUGAGAUGGAGAGAAUCAGGCUGUUCGACAUAAUGAGGUUUUGGCUGGAGUUGCCAGUGACACAGCCAGAUUCCAUGUUGCUUUUGGCUAAAUUGCCAAAUGUGUACUUGCUGCAACGUUUUGAAUCGUAG